CUCUAGCUCUUACCUCGCUAGCUGACACUUGUUCCCUUCUAACACAAGCACAAGCUACAGCUAGGUUACUGACCAAGUGAGUACCAGCUGAUACGGUACUACAAGUAGUAUGAGCUUGGUUGCGGCGCCAAUGACGAUCGUUGACUUGGCCACCAGCGCCCAGCUGCAGCAGCAGCAGCAAGCCAUGGAAGUGGAAGAAGAUGCGAAGGCCGAGCAGCAGGAAUUGGGCGCAGGAGAGCAGGAGCUGUCCUACAGUAUCCUGAUGAAAGGCGUGCGGCACCUCUCCGACAGCGGCAUUACCAGGCUGCCCGACAGGUACGUCCUGCCCGCACCCGACCGCCCCGGCGCCGGCCUCGCCACCACCACCAGCACCAGCAGGGUCAAGCUCCCCGUCGUCGACCUCGCCCGCCUCCGCGACCCCUCCCAGCGCGCCGCCGUGCUCCAGACGCUCGACGCCGCGUGCCGGGGCUACGGAUUCUUCCAGGUGGUGAACCACGGGGUGGACGGCGCCGUGAUCGCCGGGAUGCUGGACGUGGCGCUGCGCUUCUUCGAGCUGCCGCUGCCGGAGCGGGCGCGCUACAUGUCGCCGGACGUGCGCGCCGCCGUGCGCUACGGCACCAGCUUCAACCAGGCCAAGGACGCCGUGCUCUGCUGGCGCGACUUCCUCAAGCUCGUCUGCCACCCGCUGCGCGACGUCGUGGCGGCGUGGCCCCGGGAGCCCGCGGAGCUGAGGGACGUGGCGUCCGGGUACGCGGCGGCGAGCCACGGGCUGUUCAUGGAGCUCAUGGAGGCGGCGCUGCAGGCCCUGGGCAUUGCUGCUGAUGGCGGCGUGCUGGGGGAGCUGGCGGCGGGGUCGUCGCACAUGAUGACGGUGAACUGCUACCCGGCGUGCCCGCAGCCGGAGCUCACGCUGGGGAUGCCGGCGCACUCGGACUACGGCCUCUUCACCUUCGUCCUGCAGGACCACGUGGAGGGCCUCCAGGUCAUGCACGGCGGACGCUGGCUCACCGUCGACCCGAUCCCGGGCUCCUUCGUCGUCAACGUCGGCGACCACCUAGAGAUCUACAGCAAUGGUGCGUACAAGAGCGUUCUUCACCGUGUGCGGGUGAACUCGACGCGGCCGCGCAUCUCGGUGGCGUCGUUCCACAGCCUGCCGGCGGAGCGGGUGGUGGGGCCGGCGCCGGAGCUGGUGGACGAGGCGGCCGGCAAGCCGCGGCGGUACAUGGACACCGACUUCGCCACCUUCCUCGCCUACCUCGCUUCCGCCGACGGCAAGGACAAGACCUUCCUCCAGUCGAGGAUGCUCCUCCAUGGCGCUGCUGCUGCUGCUUCUUCUAUACGCACCUAGCUAGCUACCAUGCCCAUAGAUAAUUAAUUAAUUGCUAGCUUCUUAAUUGUUACCACUGUCUGCUACCUAGUGGUAGUCAUACAUACAUACAUACAUACAUACAUAUCACAAAUAAAAUAAAAUUAAUCAGUAGCUAGCCAGUUCAUCCAUCGAUCGGUCAAUCGGCAACGCGUAUGUACAAUGCAAGCAUUGACCAGUCCAAUUCUAAUUCCAGCGUGCGUUGACUUGCAUUAUUGGCCGGUACAUUCUCGACCAAUCGAUCGGCUAGGAAUAUAUUAUAUCAUGUAUGUGUGAAAGCGCUCAACGAGUGUGUAUAUACACUCAAAUGUAUU